UGUCACGUUAAGUCAGAUGUCAGAUGAGUGUUUUUUUCAUGAAAAUGCAUACUUUACAACCAAAUACACAGCUCAUUUAGAUCAUUUAUGUUAACAAAUUAUGAAAUAUUUGAUAACAUUGGUCGGAAGAAAAAUAUUUGUUAAUACAGUGAUGUAACCAUGACUUGAGAGGAAUGUCUAUUAUUUUUACAUUGGUUUGACACAGACGAUCAACAGAGAUGUUCCUUAUGAUACCAAGACAGUGCUUCAAGUUUCCACAUUACUAUGUCUGUGGUAGACACUUGUGGGGACAUGCGUGGAUUGCUACCAUGUACACCACUACAGAGAGGCUUGCAAAAAAAGGCAAUAGAAGGGACAUGGAAUGGUAUGGGGAUAUCUUAAAUGCCUUUUAUAAAAUGAAAGAUGAAUUGUUAAGCUCUGCUAGAGGAGAGAAAAAUGUCACUAGGAAUGUCUCAAUUGAACCAGAAAUAGUAACAGCAGUACAGAGGGCCUUGGAAAUUCCAUUGAUGACUGAUGAACUUUUGAGAAGUUUGUUGGACAAAACUUCAACAAUACACCAGUUAGAAAGCAUGAUUCAGCUGUGGACAAAGGCAGGGAAAGUGUCAGUCUCAAAUGCUGCAUUUUCCUUUGUAAAGUUGGUGGGCUUGCAUAUGGAUGAUCUUACAGCUGAAUACCCAGAAUUCAUGUAUAUGCAAGAAAGUGAUAAAAAGGAUCUCCACAAGUCUAAACUUUCAAAACUUGUAUGGAAAAGUAUAGGAUUUGAUAAGGUGUGUGAUUCAUUUCUGAACAAUAUUGAAGAGUCAGUUGAUUCAUUGAACAGAAGUGACACAGUGCAACUGCUGAGGGCUAUGAUUUUGCUUGAAAAUUCUAAACUCAAUGUGAAUAUGCUUAUUAAGAAACUGAUGGUGAAAGUAAUAGAUGCUGGUGUGCAGGUAGAUCCUGGUUUAGAUGGUUAUGCCCCAUCUGAUAUUGAGUGUUUAACAGAAAUAGCGAUAUUGCAAAACUCAAACCUUUUAUGGGACAAUCACGUUACAUCUAUCAUUGAAGAAUUCCUCAUGUCAGCUUCCAGUAAAGACUCACGUUUGUUACAAACAGGUUUGGUUUGCGCUUUGAAGCUAUGUUUGAAUUACGAUAAAAUGAGUGAAAACAAAUGGAAGCUUUUGAAAACUGUAGAGUCUGUUAAUGCGACACUUAAGUUAGAGAGUCCAUCAUGUGCAUUACAAUGUCUGGAUUUGGUAAAAAAUCUACAGAAAGUGCAGGAAUAUAGAACUAUCUUGUCGCCGAUACUUCCAAGUCUUCUGCAGAACAUCAUGAGGGUUUUGAGUGAACGAUCUAGUGAAUUAUUGCCACUGGAUUUCACGCUGAUAUUGACAAACCUGGAUUGCUUUGACAAAGAACUAAAAAGGGCGUUUCAGGACAGAGCACAGGAACUGGUAAACAAUCCCACUUACAGUAUGAAAACACUUGUGGGGUGUCUGGCAAUGGCAAAGGUAGAAGAUUUACCAAGUGAUCGUAUACUGUCUUUGAAACGUGGAUUGAGUCAGUGUAGUAAUACUUCUGUACUUAAUUUACUUGCCUAUUUAAGCAAUGAGGCAAAAAAGGCACUUUUCUCUGGGAAAGAAUUUGAGAAAGUUUUAGAUGCAAUGAUCCUAGACUCCAGACCAGCUAUAAGGGAUUAUGAUAGCAUGGUGGGGCUAUGCGCUCUUCUAAUUGAAAUGCAUUUGACAGGAUCUGAUUUUCCUAUUGAGAAGUUGAACAAAUUGAAGACACAGGUUUCUUUGUCUUCCAUGGAUGCAAGGCAGAGUGGCUUAAUGGAACUAGUAAUCUUUUCACUCGGUAAAAGUUCCUCUGUUAACUGUGAUAACUUAUUCAAAGGCACAACUUUGAGAGAUUUGUAUAAUAUGAACAAACUGCACUUUCUGACUAAAUUCUAUGUGCUGUGCGGUAAUGCUAUGAAUAAAGAGAACACCACAGUUCCAUUGAAAUCGUUUCUUAAAACUUUACUGCAAGAUGACAAUGCAGAAACUAACAUUUCAUCAGAUGAAAUCAGUUUAAACCAUCUAUUUGAAGUUUUAAGCUGUGAAGGUGAUAUAUUAGUACUUUUACAUGUGCUAAAUAGGUUAGGUGUUUACAAAUACUCGCCUGAGUUAGAAAACAGCGAUUUGGAUCCUGAAACAGAAACAGACAAUUCUGAAAUUAGGGGUGGAAUACCUGUCAAAAUGCAAAAAGAUCAAAACAAUUUAACGACUGCUGUGAUCUCGUUCAUGCAGAAAACAAUCGGCAAAAACCCUCAGACUGUGACACCAUUUCAGAUGUUAGUAUGGGCUGUCCUUACUGCAGACUUGACCCACCAUCCUGCUGUUGACACGCGUGGUAUUGUUGCAAUCAUUGCUCAGUAUGUUGAGCUUAAGUUUAAUGAUGAACAAGAUCUACUUGGAAAGGAUACAAGCACUGAAGAGUUGGUCAAUCUCCUUCAUCUGGUGAACUACUGCACUUAUCUAGGGGGAAACAUGAAGGGGGUGAUGAAGAAGAUCUUCACAGAAGAGUUCCUCUCCGGUUUACUUCAAAAGGAAUCAUCUUCAGAACAAGUGAUGCGAGAGUCAGUGAUGGAAGUCUUGUAUCACCUUAACCAGGAUGCGUGUCUUCUUUACCCUGACAUUGACAUUCCCUGGUUCCAAGCAGCCAGCAGGAUGCGAGCCUCUCACCAGAAACAUUUGGAGCUAUAUAGAAACGGUACUCCUUCCAUAUACACAGAGAUGGAUGCUGGAUGUGACAAUGUCCCAGACCCUGUGAGCUUGCCGUAUGGUGUUACCCCUUGGAUGAUUUUGAUGCUGGACAGAAAUGGUAUGCCUGUAGCCUUUGACACAAGUGACCUUGACAUGGCAGAGGACUUGGGGUUGAAAAGAGUGGCUGUGCAGUUUUGUCCAGAGAAAGGAAUACAUCGUUUCCAAGGGAACCAAUUCUUUGACCCCCCUCCCCAGGAUGUAUACCUGGAAAAACUUGGAUUUACAGUCGCCAAGGUGUUUGCCAGUAGCUGGGGUUCUAUAUCAUCUUCAUCACUGUUUUCUCCACUUGAUGAUAGAAGCAAGAAAGAUUUAUGCAGUAUACUUAAUGAUGCUGAAAAAAACCCCCAGACACUUAAGGGCUGUUCUAAGCCAGUUGAUGUGCAGAAAUCUACAGCAGGUGGAGACAUCUCCGGUAAAGAAGGUCAAAGAGAAGGAAACUUUUCAAAGGUGACACAGACUGGUCAAAGUGAAGUAAAUUAUAGGAAUAUUGGGAAAAUGUGGCGCAAGGUGCUAAGCAAACUGUGAUAUAUUUACCUCAAGCAUUGCUUUAUGUUUGUUUUGGUUUUUAAUGUAAAACAGAGUUCGUCUGUUUUGCUAAUUAUGUGUAUUGAAAGAAUGAAUUUCCAAAUUUGUGCAUUAAAAGAAUGAAGAUAUAAAUUAGUUAUGUUUCAGAUAAGAUUGACUAAAAGGGCAUACCUUGUACACUUUUUGCAUUUUGUUCAAGAAAUUUGUAUAAAAUCUGCAGCUUUUUCUUUACUAAAGCUGCGUUUUUUAGAUGCGCUUUUUUCUCAAUUUAAAAAAUAAAAUUGAAAAAGAAUUUGCCUCUUACAAGAGCCUAUACUAUUUAACUAAUAAAUAGGACUUGAUAGUCAUAUCAUACUGUCUUAAACAUACAAUACUUUUGUUAAUUGUGUUCAAUAGAUAAAAUAAAACACAACCUUGUGUUGCAUGUAAUCUCAUUUAUACUGUUGUUUAUAUUAUUGUGUUGACAGGCCAAACUUGAUGCCCAAAAUAGCAUAAUUAUACAAUAUUUUGAUGUUUCCGCUUGGAAUUAUUUCUUAUGUAAAAAUACGCUUUAAAAUAUAAGGCUGAAGCUGUCUAGUGUCGAAUGCUGAUGUGCCUGUGUUGUUGUGUCUACUUCUAUAAGUUGAAGGAGCCUAAAAUGGUCAUUGACUGGGAGAUUAAAGAGCAUGUAAGACCAGUUGAUCAAUCUUAAUACCGGUUUAUAUCAAAUAACUACCGAAUAAAACAUUUGUGUUUUACAUAAUUAUACUACUUAUAAUCGUAUACUUUAAGGUGAUAUAUAAAUAAAUAUGGUGUAAAAAUUAACAUUUUUAACAAAAAUAAUUAUUUGAUGGCUUUUUUUCCAAACAUUUUAUGAUAUCCAAGAGUUGCCUCCCUUUGUAUUUUCUGCCUGGAUUUGUAUCGGGAUUGUUGCCCUUGCGUCUAUACUGCGGUUUUUAUAUAUGUCCAUUAAAUAUGAGUAAUUGAAUAGUGACUAAACUUGUUACAUGACACAAACAAUUAUUAAACCGGUUAUGUUUUUUAUUAUUUUAGUUUAUCAAUCAUGUCAUUAUGUCAAGAUUCAAAUCCACGAUCUAUUGCUCCAACUGUUAAAUAAUAUAACAUUUUGCUCCUGCAAAAUAUAUUAGACUAUAUAAAAUAAAUCACACGCGCCCUACACGCACGCUCGGCACAUGAAUGAAUUUCCAAAUUUGUGCAUUAAAAGAAUGAAGAUAUAAAUUAGUUAUGUUUCAGAUAAGAUUGACUAAAAGGGCAUAACUUGUACACUUUUUGCAUUUUGUUCAAGAAAUUUGUAUAAAAUCUGCAGCUUUUUCUUUACUAAAGCUGCGUUUUUUAGAUGCGCUUUUUUCUCAAUUUAAAAAAUAAAAUUGACAAAGAAUUUGCCUCUUACAAGAGCCUAUACUAUUUAACUAAUAAAUAGGACUUGAUAGUCAUAUCAUACUGUCUUAAACAUACAAUACUUUUGUUAAUUGUGUUCAAUAGAUAAAAUAAAACACAACCUUGUGUUGCAUGUAAUCUCAUUUAUACUGUUGUUUAUAUUAUUGUGUUGACAGGCCAAACUUGAUGCCCAAAAUAGCAUAAUUAUACAAUAUUUUGAUGUUUCCGCUUGGAAUUAUUUCUUAUGUAAAAAUACGCUUUAAAAUAUAAGGCUGAAGCUGUCUAGUGUCGAAUGCUGAUGUGCCUGUGUUGUUGUGUCUACUUCUAUAAGUUGAAGGAGCCUAAAAUGGUCAUUGACUGGGAGAUUAAAGAGCAUGUAAGACCAGUUGAUCAAUCUUAAUACCGGUUUAUAUCAAAUAACUACCGAAUAAAACAUUUGUGUUUUACAUAAUUAUACUACUUAUAAUCGUAUACUUUAAGGUGAUAUAUAAAUAAAUAUGGUGUAAAAAUUAACAUUUUUAACAAAAAUAAUUAUUUGAUGGCUUUUUUUCCAAACAUUUUAUGAUAUCCAAGAGUUGCCUCCCUUUGUAUUUUCUGCCUGGAUUUGUAUCGGGAUUGUUGCCCUUGCGUCUAUACUGCGGUUUUUAUAUGUGUCCAUUAAAUAUGAGUAAUUGAAUAGUGACUAAACUUGUUACAUGACACAAACAAUUAUUAAACCGGUUAUGUUUUUUAUUAUUUUAGUUUAUCAAUCAUGUCAUUAUGUCAAGAUUCAAAUCCACGAUCUAUUGCUCCAACUGUUAAAUAAUAUAACAUUUUGCUCCUGCAAAAUAUAUUAGACUAUAUAAAAUAAAUCACACGCGCCCUACACGCACGCUCGGCACAUGAAUGAAUUUCCAAAUUUGUGCAUUAAAAGAAUGAAGAUAUAAAUUAGUUAUGUUUCAGAUAAGAUUGACUAAAAGGGCAUAACUUGUACACUUUUGCAUUUUGUUCAAGAAAUUUGUAUAAAAUCUGCAGCUUUUUCUUUACUAAAGCUGCGUUUUUUAGAUGCGCUUUUUUCUCAAUUUAAAAAAUAAAAUUGACAAAGAAUUUGCCUCUUACAAGAGCCUAUACUAUUUAACUAAUAAAUAGGACUUGAUAGUCAUAUCAUACUGUCUUAAACAUACAAUACUUUUGUUAAUUGUGUUCAAUAGAUAAAAUAAAACACAACCUUGUGUUGCAUGUAAUCUCA